AAUUCAGUUCACAGGGAGAGACAUUCUUAAUCGAACCCAAAAAGUUCGACGAAGAGUGUGAUCGAUUUAGCAGCGGCGUAUUAUACGUCCUGCGCAAUCUAUCCUCCUUCCUUUUGCUGAACGUGUCAGCCAUGGCCCCGAUUAAAAAGCAGUUGGUCAGGAAACCGGGUGGGAAGAGGAAGAAGCAAAUCCUAAAAUUCACCCUGGACUGCACACAUCCUGUGGAGGAUGGCAUCAUGGAUGCUGCCAAUUUUGAGAAGUUCCUGCAGGAAAGAAUUAAGGUGAACGGAAAAGCUGGAAACCUCGGUGGUGGUGUGGUGUCCAUUGAGAGGAGCAAGAGCAAGAUUGCUGUGAACUCUGAAGUUCCCUUCUCAAAGAGGUACUUGAAGUACCUCACUAAGAAGUACCUGAAAAAGAACAACCUCAGAGACUGGUUGAGGGUCGUGGCUAACACCAAGGAGAGCUACGAGCUGCGCUACUUCCAGAUCAACCAGGAUGAAGAGGAAGAGGAGGAAGAUUAAAUCUGACACCACUUUUAAUAAAAUACUCAAGACACAAA